AAAGGCCAAUGGUAGACAGCGGACUGUGACGCCCCGUACAUGGCGGCUGAGAUCGGCCAGCCCUGGGACGUGUCUGGCUGUCGGGUAACUUCGGUCAGUUCUGGGCCAGAGAAGCAGCUGUUUCAGUAGUGUUUGUACCCGACUACAGCGCAGCCUACCCUUGGGUAGAACGAUCGUCUUGGCCAUGGCUUAUCACUCGGGAUACGGAGCCCACGGUUCCAAGCACAGGACCCGGGCAGCUCCAGAUCCUCCUCCACUCUUCGAUGAUACAAGUGGUGGCUAUUCCAGCCAACCGGGUGGAUACCCAGCCCCAGGAGCUGAUGUAGCCUUCAAUGUCAACAACCUGCUUGGAGACCCAAUGGCCAAUAUGGCUAUGGCCUAUGGCAGCUCCAUAGCAUCCCAAGGGAAGGACAUAGUGCACAAAGAGCUGCACCGCUUUGUCUCUGUGAACAAACUCAAGUAUUUUUUUGCUGUGGACACAGCCUAUGUAGCCAGGAAGCUAGGACUGUUGGUCUUCCCCUACACACAUCAGAACUGGAAAAUGCAAUACAGUCAUGAUGUGCCUCUGCCUCCACGGAAAGACCUCAACGCUCCUGACCUCUAUAUCCCCACCAUGGCCUUCAUCACAUAUGUGCUGCUGGCUGGGAUGGCACUGGGCAUUCAGAAAAGGUUCUCCCCAGAGGUGCUGGGCCUGUGUGCGAGCACAGCACUGGUAUGGGUGUUCAUGGAGGUGCUGGCCCUACUUCUCGGCCUCUACCUGGCCACCAUACGCAGUGAACUGAGUACCUUCCACCUCUUGGCCUACAGCGGCUACAAAUACGUGGGGAUGAUCCUCAGUGUGCUCACAGGGCUGCUCUUCGGCAGCGACGGCUACUACGUGGCCCUGGCCUGGACAUCAUCCGCGCUUAUGUACUUCAUUGUGCGUUCUUUGCGGACCGCAGCCUUGGGCCCUGACAGCAUGGGGAGCCCAGCCUCUCAGCAGCGUCUCCAGCUCUACCUGACUCUGGGAGCCGCUGCCUUCCAGCCCCUCAUCAUAUACUGGCUGACCUUCCACCUGGUCCGGUGAUCCCUGGUCCCAGGUGGCACUGAUUUUUUUCCAUACAUUGAAGAUUUGGUUUCCUUGA